GGGGCGUGGCCGGCAUGUGGGCUGAUUGGGGCCUUCCAGAGGAGAGAGCGGCACCGGAAGUGGUCAUCACUUUGCUUCCGGCUUUCCUUGGAAGCACCAAAACUGGCCUUCCAGGUUUGUGCAAACGGCCGUUCCCAUGUAUGGAGAUGUCACUGGUGGAUCUGGGGAAGAGGUUGCUGGAAGCGGCCCGCAAAGGCCAAGAUGACGAAGUCCGGACGCUGAUGGCCAACGGAGCGCCUUUCACCACCGAUUGGCUGGGCACAUCGCCCCUCCACCUGGCCGCUCAGCACGGCCACUACUCCACAGCGGAGGUCCUGCUCCGAGCUGGAGUCAGCCGGGAUGCGCGGACCAAGGUCGACCGGACGCCGCUACACAUGGCCGCCGCCGACGGACAUUCGCAUAUCGUCGAACUCCUGAUUCGGAACGGUGCCGACGUCAAUGCCAAGGACAUGCUGAAGAUGACGGCUUUGCACUGGGCCACUGAGCACAACCACCGGGAUGUUGUCGCCCUGCUCCUCAAAUACGGGGCCGACGUCCACGCUUUCAGCAAGUUCGACAAAUCCGCCUUCGACAUCGCUUUGGACAAGAACAACCCGGAAACCUUGCUGAUGCUGCAGGAGGCAAUGCAGAACCAGGUGGCCACCAACCCAGAGAGGGCCAACCCGGUCCCGGGUUCCAUGACCAUCAACCAGCCGUUCUUCCUGACUUCAGGGGAGGUGCUGAAUCUCUCCGGACUCGUUUCCUCGGCAGACGCCAAAACGACCUCAGGAGAUUCCUUUGUUUCAACCGUGACGCUCCCAAACUCCACCACCUCGGUCCUUGCUGCCUUGGCGGCCAUCGCAGAAGCUUCCGGGCCCCUUUCCAGCUCCAACAGAACCCAAGUUGUCUCCGAAGAGGUGGUGGAGACGAGUGCCAUGGAGCUGCCCCUCCAGCGCGGGUCCGGCGGGGGGGCCCAGCGGGUCAUCACCAUUGUGGCCGACGGGGCCUCGCUGGGCCACUUCCAGACAGGGCUCCCCGGCCGGGGCCUUGGCCAGCCCUUCAUCGUGACGAUGCAGAAUGGGCAGCAAGUUCUAACUCUACCUGCUGGUCAGGUGGCAGAGGAAAUGGUCAUCGUGGAACCGGACGAGAACCAUCACGGACUCGAGGAAGAAGAGCCGCCCCUGAAGAGAAUCAAAGUCGAACACGUUGUGGAGGACGCAGAGGAGAGCCAGGGAAGUACGGAAAGGGAGCUCUUGCAGCAGCAGCUCCAAGAAGCCAACCAGAAAGCCCAGGAAUACCGGAGCCGGCUGAUGCGGAAGGAGCAGGAGGCGGAGAAGUACCGGCAGAGGCUGGAAGCCAUGGCCUGCCCUCAGGACAGCGGGACGGAGAUGUCAGCGGAGGACGGCGACGACGGGGAGGAAGCCGAGAAGGGCCACUCGGUGGAGGUCUCAUCGGAGGAAACGGUGGGCACCGUCCUCGAAGGGGAGCUCCCGACCGACAUCGGGGUGGAGACCGUCAUCGUGUAGCGCUCGUGUUGUUCACUAUUUUCUCCAGAAAGCCAGGCGACGGCUCAUCUGAGACUUGUAAACGGCGGUGUUCUCCGGGGAGUUUGCUCCCGCCGUA